UAACGAGCCACUUACAAAAACGACUGUAAUUUAAUAGCCACAUUCGAAACGGAUGGCAACAGGACAUAUGACAUAGGAUUUGUUCAACAAAUACCAUUAAAGUAGACAAAAUGGGUGUAGACAUACAAACGUACCGCGCAAAAAUCGGAACUUUCAGGCAUUCAUGUGGCAUUGACGUGGUUACAUUUGUACUUGUGGUCAACUUUAGUUAUGGUCUCAAAGCUGUUGGCAGUCUUUUAUUCAUUGGAGUUCUUCUUAUGAUGGCAGGCAUUGAACCAAAUCCAGGACCUACGGAAUCAGGAAAUACUCAGUCGACGAAGAUAAAAGUAACAGGUAUACCAAAGACAGCAGACGCCGAAAUUCUUACCUUUUUCUUUGAAAACACAAAAAGAAAAGGAGGUGGCACGGUGAAGCAAGUUACAGUUGAUAAUGACAGAAAUUCAGCUAUUGUCGAAUUUGAGAAAGCAGCAGCUGUUGACAGAGUGAUGAAACAGCAACCUAUAAAAAUACUUGAAACUGAAGUAAACGUUCUUGGUGCUGUUGAAUUCGUCUUAAAAAAUCAGCCACUUUUGAUACGCGGAAAAGAAGUGAGUUUGGAAGCAAUAAUCCAUGAAACGGAGGACAAGUUAAAUUCAAUCAAAGUAUCGGGCCUUCCUGAAGGGGCAAUUGGCAAAGCCUGUCUUCAGAUAUAUUUUGAAAAUGUGGACAAAGGUGGUGGAAAAGUAAAGGAAGUAUAUAUCAACAAAGACGAGUGCUCUGCGAUCAUUGAGUUUGAAGAGAAAAAUUCUGUUGACAUUAUUUUGAAGAAGCUGCCAAUAACUAUUCUUGACACUGAAGUGGUUGUAAAACGAUUCAGUGAUAGUACCUCAUUCCCUUGUCCCACAAUGCCUGAACUGCAGGGUAUUUUAUCUCAAGAUAGUACUCAUACAACGGGGACAAUACAGGAAUCGGUUGAAGACAAUUUCCCAAAACCUGAAAAGGCCCGGAUUCCAGAACCCAGCUAUCCUGACGAUGGCAUAGAUGAACCAAAACGAAGAAGUGUUAGAGACAUGGUAUCUGAUUUCAGCAAAGUAGUUGUGGAAAGGUCUUCAAGUGACCAAAAGCUGUCACUAAAUCCGAUGGACACAGUUAGAAAAAAAGGUGAUGACUCCUCAGAAUCUCUGGUAUUGGUAUCUCAAGAUGGUGAUCAUGCAACGGGAGCAGCAGCACAGGAGUCCGUUAAAGCACAUUUGCGAAGCGCUAGGGUUCUAAAACCUGAAAAGCCCCCGAAGCCAGCGAAGAAGCCAACAAAACGAGAGCAUAAUUUCGAAAGACCAGGCAUUGAUCACAAGUAUACAGAUGGUGAACGUAACACGUCUCAGUUCCUGACAAUGCUAGAUAUUGACAUUUCUAGUAAUUCACAACAGCAGAAAAUUAAAGUUACAGAUGAUGGCAAUAGUGAAUCAGGUCCUAACUUAAGCUUCUGUUCUGAAGUUUCUGGAUUGAAAUGUCUUGGAAAUAGAAAUGAUACAACACGAACAGAAUUGACAAAUUGUAAAUCCAGUCCACCUGUCCUCAAACAGGUUGCUUCUGUUGGUAGUUAUCCAGUGACAG